GCGGAGAUGUCAACAAAAAUAAAUGGAAAACAAGCAACCUUACAAGAAACAGAAGCAGCAAAGAGUGCUUUCAGAUAAUUAUCUUCAUAAAGUUGCUUCUAUAGGUGUUUGGGAGAAACGCUCAUCCAGUGAAAACCAUCCAUUUAGGUUUAGCAUUGAAGAUCAAAAAGAAUUAAAGGGUGUCUUUCAAGUGAUAGAAUUACCGGAGGGAGACAGCUGCUCAGAUCUGUCAGGUGAAAAAGGAAAGGUGGACUUGAGAUUAUCAGAGCUAAAAGUGCCAUUUCUAAGAGAGAAUUUUAUCGAUGCAAAAUGUGUUCCAAUGGAAAUGGAGCUUCAAACUCCAAAAGAAGUUUGUAAUGGAGAAUCUGGAGGAGGAAUUAUGGAUUCAAAGGAGGAUUAUUUCCAAAACAAUGUUCAAGUUGCCCUCUCUUGCUUGCCAUCAGGAUGUGUUGGUUUCUCAAACUCAAUCUUAUCGUGUGCUUCUGGUCGUGUAAGCACUGAGUCAUGGCCUCAUGAACUUGAUUGUUUUUCUACGGUUCCAAAAUUGAAAUCAAAUUUUGAAGCAUUCCCUUUCUAUGGGAAGAUUGUUGUUUUGAAACCAAACCCUGGGAAGGCAGAGGAUGCUGCAAAGUUUUCCCCUUUAUCUACCUCUUUUGGUGAUUUUCAUUUUGGUGAUAGGAAAGGUAGAGGGUUGCACUGUCAUGAUAAAGGAAAGAACUUGGUCAAUGACAUGAAACCUGUGCAGAAAUGGUCCUCAAUCUACUACCCAGGCAGGUCGUAUAUGGCUGAGACGGCAAAGAAGCAAAUCUCAGAAAGAUGGAGGAUGACUAAAGAGUUUCAAGAUGGACUGGAUAGUGGGAAUAGGGGCAGAAGCAGAACCCUUGGUGAGAUGCUUGCCAUGUCAGACUAUGAAUCUAACCCAGAACACUCAUAUGAUAAGCUGGGUGAGCAGAGAUUGGGCAACAGAAGCAACCCCAAUGAUAAAUGUAGGUACUUGCAUAGGCAUGAUAAUCUGUGCAUGACCAUGACACCGAGGUUUGCCAUUAAUUGGGCAAGUCAGAAUAUAAGAAAGCAAAACUUUAGUGCUAAAAAUUGCUCGAAAACUAGAAACUCAGGAUCCGGCUGCAUGCAGUCUCAGGGUGUUCCUUAUUUGGAACCAGAAAAUAAGCACUUGAUUGAUGGAAACUAUGUCAUCCAGAACAAGGUGAAGAACAGCAUUGAGAAGAACGAUCUAUCUGGACAACAUUCAGUGGCCUCUGAGUUAUCAAGGCAUGAUGUUCUUUUCUCUUCUAAUCAUGUCACACGUGAAGCUUGGCUAAUGCAUAAGGAUCAAAAGAACGAAAUCAACGAUGGAAAUCUGUCCGGGCAGAAUUCUGUGGUAUCUAAGUCAUUCAUAAGUAAUUGUGCGUCCGGGCAUAUGGUUUCUGACAAGGUGGCUGAUGAAAACAUGGUUGUGGACAAGUCUUCCGGAAAUCAUAAUGAGCAUAAUUCUUAUGUCUUGGAAACUUCAAGUCAACGGGGAGUGGGUUGGGGUGCAGGGAGUACAACCAUGGUUGGAUUCUUGGAGCUGUGGACAUUGCUGGUUAACCAGGAAAAGGAAGCAAGGAAUCUCAGAAACUGAUAAUAAUGACACUUCUAUUUG